AUGGCCGUAGAAAGUGGAGAUGGUCCUACAGAACACAUUAAUCUGAAAGUAUUGGGACAAGAUAACGCAGUUGUUCAAUUUAAAAUAAAGAAGAACACACCACUCAAAAAAUUAAUGAAUGCCUACUGUGAAAGAACUGGUAUAGCCUUCGAAACUGUGAGAUUCAGGUUUGAUGGUCAAGCAAUCGCAGUGACUGAUACUCCAACUACAUUAGAGAUGGAAGAAGACCUUAGUGUGUGUUAUAAACCUCAAAACCAUAAAAUGUACAUCCAUUUUCUACAAAGCUAA